UCUGCUGCCCGCACGAGGAGAAACGCCGCCACACGUGGGAUCGCGGAGCACAGGAGCGUUUCAGCUGCGACUUUUGAGUUGUUUUACGCCAUAAAAACAACGCGUUUUUACGUCUUUUGAAGCGUUUGAAACACGUUACCGUCGACAUGUUCCUGCAGUUUUACGAAAACGACGCCGGAGACCGAGUCUACACUCUGAAGAAGCUCUGUCCCGAUGGGGAGCCCACCAGCUCGGCCCACCCGGCUCGCUUCUCCCCCGACGACAAGUUCUCCCGACACCGCGUGACGGUGAAGAAGCGCUUCGGCCUCUUGCUCACCCAGCAGCCCAGACCCAUUCUGUGAGGGGGUGGCGUGGAUGGGGGGAGCUGUAAAGUUGGGACUGUAAAGUUGAAAACACACACAUUCAGGAUUCACAGCUUAUUGAACGUGCAGCCAGACUCGGCCUCGGUUUCACCCACAUUUCGGGGGCUGUUGGAUAGCAGCUGUCGGCGAUGUCGAGGAUUUUCUUCUUUUUUUUAAUGUACCGUAAUUUGUUGACAUUCAUUUAAGGAUAAUGCUAUAAUUUUGUUUUCAUAUGGAAUAAAUGUUUGGCUGAUA